CUUCCCAGCUGUUUCCAGUGCCAGUGCAAGUGUCUUUAUUAGCUUGUUCAGUUGCUAGGUUGUCUUUUUCCAAGUUUGUUGAUGGCCCGAGUGUAUUCUUCCUAGCUAGUUUACUUAAAUCCACUCCACUCUUUUCCCCCCUCCCUCCAUCCCUCCCUGUACUCCACUUCCAACUUCACCCAACAACCAACACACCCAAAAGCCCACCAUCACAACUGCUCGAAAUACCAAGACAAGACAAGGCUCAACCAUCAGCAUACAAUCUCGACUAACAACACAUGGCUCUCUCUCCUCCCGACAUCCAUGUCACCCGAUGGUGGUCCAAUCAACCUCCAGUCGAUGGCUACUGGGGUCCCUCAACCUCUUCAAUUGAUUGGUGUGAAGCUAAUUAUGCCAUCACCAGAUUCAUUGCUGAAUUUACAAACACUCUCUCCAACUUGGUCUUUGUUUCUUGGGCCCUCUAUGGAGUGAAAAAAUGCAGGGAUGAGAAGUUGCCUUUGCCAUUGGCACUAUGUCAAGUAGGAAUAGCAUUAGUAGGCAUCGGAAGUUUCUUGUUUCAUGCGACACUACGAUACGAAUGGCAACUAGGAGACGAGCUGCCGAUGAUCUUCUGUUGUGCAUUCAUCACCUAUGUGGCCUUCGAUACCGGCAGUGCCAGUCUACCCCGGACCCGCUUCGUUCGCAGCCUGCCCUACUUGCUCUCGCUCUACUCUAUCGGCGUCUCGGCGAUCUACCUACGAUACCCUAACCCCGUCUUCCAUCAAGUCGCUUAUGGUACCAUCCAACUACUGGCUACGUUUCGCUCCGCUUAUACCGUUCGAGCGGCCCCUGAAGGAACGUAUCGUGAACAGAAGAACAAGGCCGAUGCGACCCGCUAUCUAUUAAUCGGAUCUGUCACUUUUGUCACCGGCUUCUUGAUCUGGAACAUCGACAACUUAUUUUGUGAUCGGAUCUCGCAUCUGAAAGAGUACUUGGGCACUCCGUGGUCAUUCGUCUUGGAAGGACAUGCCUGGUGGCAUCUAGCCACUGGUACAGGCUCAUACCUAAUUGUUGUAGGAUUGCAACUGGUAUCAUUGAGCUUGAAGGAGGGCGCAGAUGGGUUCGAGAUCAAGCGGGGUGGGAUCCUCGGUCUCUGUCCUUACGUCGCCCGAAUCCCGAUCAAGAUCGACCCCAAACUCCAUUAAUUCCCUCCCAACUCCUCUACAUAUUGUCCCACCUGCUCUAGUACUGUUAUCCUCUUUUUUAUCCUGUUCAUACCUCAACUCAUUGGCUGCAUCCUUCUCUCAAUCGUGUACAUUUGAAUCGUCGGACCCGGUCCCCCUCCCUCCCUUUUUUUCUCUGAGCCAUUCGGCUGCUCGUGUCGGCUUGUGACUUCCCGUGGCUCUCUUACAUACCCCAUCCUCUCUUCCAUCUUUUUGUUUCAUUUUCUUUUGCUCUUCAUCUGCAUUUUAUUCUUGUCUAGCUUCCCCUUUCUCUCUCUCUCUCUCUCUUUCCCUCUCCCUCCCUCUCUUUCUCUUUUUUCCUAUCGUCCUAAAAAAGAAAACUUUCCUUGUGAUUCAGAUAAAUGAAAUUAUAGAGAUUUUGUAUCUACUAAAUUUAUAUAUAUAUAUUUGUAUAUUCCUCGUUCUUCUCACUUUUUUUUCUUUCUUUCUUCUUUCAUGUAGAUCCUCUUCCAUUUCCAUUGUUUGUUUUGGCUGUCCAACAAAUUCAAAACCAACUCCUUGCAGAAAAAAACCUUGAUUAUCAUCU